GCUCUAACGGCACAUUGCAAGUAUGGCCGGGGACAGUGAGACGCUUCUUAGGGACCGUGAUGAGAACACCAACAUUGUUCGACAGCCUUUUCUGAUCGGUGUCUCCGGUGGCACGGCCAGUGGCAAGUCUUCCGUAUGCGAGAAAAUCAUGGAGCUGCUGGGGCAGAACAAGAUUGACCACCACCAGCGGCAGGUGGCAAUCCUUAGCCAGGAUAGCUUCUACAAGGUGCUGACUCCAGAGCAGAAAGCCAAGGCACUUAAAGGCCAGUUCAACUUUGAUCACCCAGACGCCUUUGAUAGUGAGCUGAUCAUGCAAACGCUCCGACAGAUACUGCAGGGGAAGACUGUUCAGAUCCCAGUGUAUGACUUUGUCACUCAUUCCAGGAAAGAGGAGUUUGUUACGGUGUAUCCCGCCGAUGUGGUCCUGUUUGAAGGCAUCCUCAUGUUCUACUCUCAGGAAAUCAGGGAUCUGUUCCAAAUGAAGCUGUUUGUCGACACAGAUCCAGACACACGGCUCUCACGUCGAGUUUUAAGAGACAUCACUGAGCGCGGUAGAGAGCUCGAACAAGUCUUGGCUCAGUACAUCACUUUUGUGAAACCGGCCUUUGAGGAGUUCUGUUUACCUACAAAGAAGUAUGCAGAUGUGAUUAUUCCACGAGGAGCAGACAACCUUGUGGCCAUCAACCUGAUAGUACAGCACAUCCAAGACAUUCUGAACGGUGGACUAAGCAAGCGUCACAACGGCUGCAUAAACGGCCACAGUACUCCGCGGCAGCGGCGGACCUCGGAGUCCAGCAGCCGGCCUCAUUGACCUCGCUUCCUCUCUUCACGGAGCAGAGAGAGGGUGUAGGGGUUGCGCUGUAAAUAAUGCCCAUUGGCAUCACUGUAUUUAAGAGUGGGAGGAAACAAAAAAGAAACUGUGGAAAAUUAAAUGCCUUGUAUUAUUAAGACUAUUCCUGUCACUGGUUACAUUGAUUGUAAAUGUUGAGCUUUGAUUUAGAUUUUUGUCACGAGGAGAAAUACGUUGUUUUGUUAUAAGAACGUGGGCUGAAAUGGAUCCCAUGCGUUUUCCUCCAGGUUGAAUUCUUUUUUUUUUUUUUUUAUUUUAUUUAAUGUAUCCCCUGCUGCUCCAUGAAACUUAUAGAAUAAAGGUGGGGGAACUAUUGUUUUUUUAUUUGUCUGAUAAAACUUGAACCCCUGAUAGCUGGGGCGUUUCAAAUGUUUUGGAGGUUACAAACAAGAAGGAUAUUGCUAAGAAAGGUUAGAUGCACCCUGUACUGACAAUCUUUCCUUUGGUCCAGUGUUUAAGUUGCCCCUAUGAUGUGUUAUGUUAGUGGCCUAUGCACUUGCAUAACUUUCCUGUAUGUGUCACAAGGUAUCUGAUUUAGUAAGUACUGAUUGUCACAUGCAGAAAGUGACUACCAAAUCAGUGAAGGCUAGUUCUGAAAAAGGUGCAGAUUAAUAGAAUUGAUUAUUUCUUUUGGGGAGUUCCUUGUCCCAUUUAAAUCCCCACUGACGUUUAAGGACAGACUGAUUUAGAUAGCUACCCCAGGCUGAUUGAUUUGAACAUGUUUAAAAUUUGUAAAUAAAUUUUUCUUGCACUCUUAUUUAAAAUGCUAGCAUUCACAUAGCCAAAAUCAGCUGUGAUUUCAAGAUCAUGUAUGCAUUCUCAGGAUAUAUUAACACUAAUGGAUUAAAAAAAAUGCCAGAAAAUGCGUGAUGGAGGUGUUCAAUGCCACAGCAAUAGCAGUCAUUCCAGGUUUGUGGCACUUAACCACCAAGACCCACCACAAUGCCUCAGUGAAGUUGCCUCAGGUUCAUAUGUACAGUAAGUAUCCACACUAGAAACCAGUAUGUCAUAAAGAGGUUUCAAUAAAAGAACUGAAUCAA